AAGAAAGGAGGGGUCUUUUGAGUUGAUGGUACAAGAUGGUGGCCAUGAACUGAAGGAGAAGGAGGUGGGUGAUGAUCUAGACUCUCAGUUCCAACAACAGUCAUGGCCGUUUUCACAAAAUGCAAAAGGAAUCAACCUGGUUCCUUGUUGUUCACAAGAAGUGUUCUCUGCUCACCUCCUAUCCAAGACAAGAGGAAGACUUGAACCAUUGUGUGGAGCAAUGGGAAGAUACUUGUGUGUAGAAGCUGGUUUAAGAAGCGCAGGCCACGAGGUUGUUGAGCUCCUGGUUCAAGACAUACAAGCGGAAGACCAACCAUUGUGUGGAGCAAUGGGAAGGUUCUUGUGUGUAGAAGCCGGUUUAAGAAGCGCAGGCCACGAGGUUGUUGAGCUCCUGGUUCAAGACACACAAGAAGAAGAAGGUCACCACCUAAGCCAUGAGGAAGGCCGGUGAUCUGAGGGUACUUGAAGCUAAAGGCAAAAGGGUGGAUCAGUGAUUUAAGCGCAGCUGUUAGGGUGAUGUGCUCCUGGUCUUGAAGUUCAUUGAGGCUCAUUUCAAGCUUGGAUCUCACCUAUUCUCGGUCUCAAGCUUGCGGUGCUAAAUAUUCAAAUGAGCAACCUGAAGAGCUAAAGUUCAAGACCUGUUUCCUCCUUAUCAUUACAAUAGAAUGAUAAAAUGAAGCCUGUUGCCAACAUUCUGUGGGAAGUCCACAGCCUGCUCCAAAGAGGGUAGAGAGGAUGUUGUGACAAUGGAGAGAUGACUUGUUGUUCUGUCCAUGGUGGUUCAGUCACCAUAGCCUACACAUCAGAUGAGUGUAGAGAGGACAGUUGACAUACAAAGAAGAGCAUCACCAGGAGGGUGAGGCAAUUUAAACCAAGACCAUCUGGUCACGCAUGGUAAAGACAGCUCUAGGAGGGAGAGGCUUAUGGAGCCAUUGCCUCACGGAUGCUCCAAAGCUCUCCAAGGCUGCCGGUUCAAAUGAAAGCUCAGCAGAUGGUGAAUCCGGUUCCAAAUCCGUAUCUGAGGAGAAGUGGGAACAAGAAGACCUCAAGGUCUUAUCCAUUCUCCAUAGCUCAAUGUCUCCAUCCAUCCUUGAAGCAUACUCAUACUGUGAGAGUGCUAAAGACCUUUGGAGUACACUUAACAAGAUAUAUGGGUACAUCUCCAACCUCUGUCGAGUAUUUGAGAUCAAGAAGUUCAUCAACAUCCUAUCCCAAGAAGAUGAGGAGUUCACUGUGCAUCUAGGCAAGUUCAGAGCCCUUUGGUCUGAGCUAGAGAUGCUUAGACCCCAAUCUGUUGAUCCGGAGGUGUUGAUUGAAAGAAGGGAGCAAGACAAGGUGUUUUGCCUAUUACUCGCCCUUAGCCCUGCCUACAGCGCCUUGAUUCAACAUAUCUUGAGGUCUGAGAAGCUCCCAACACUUGAAGAAGUGUGUUCCCACGUCCAAUAGGAACAAUCGGUGUGAACAUUGCAAGAGGGAUGGGCACACCAAGGAGAGGUGUUGGAUAUUGAAUCCAAGCCUCAAACCUGCCAAGUUCAAGUGAACCGUGCCCAUGGAGGUUCAAGAGAUCAGCUCGGAUCUCUUGUUUGUAAGCAAACCUCCUAACCCUUA